CUGUCUCCUUGCUGCUGUCCCUGGGGUGUCCCGUGUCUUACCCGCGGGGAAAGACCAAGGGCAGGGCUGACCGGGCGGCCUCUGCUCCUUGCGGAACGUGCGUACCGGCUGGAAAUCGGGGCCGCUUCGCCGGCACACGUCUGCAGUGGGAGCAGGAGCUAUGGGCGGGACGUCCAGCACCCGACGGGUCACCUUCGAGACGGAUGAGAACGAGAACAUCACGGUGGUGAAGGGCAUCCGGCUUUCAGAAAAUGUUAUUGGGCGAAUGAAGGAAUCUUCUCCAUCUGAUCCAAAGUCUCCAACUAGAUCUCGUAGUUAUGAUUCUAAAGUUAAUGAAGAAGGAAUAAGAAGAAGAGUAGCUGAAGAAAUGGCCAUGAAGGAGUCUGAAAGUCAGAAAAGUAGAGCAAAACAUGGAAGAAUUCAGACACGUGAGGAUAUCAACAAACUUUUGGAAAGAGAGCGGUCUAUCACCAAUGAGCAGUUAACUAGAGCUAUUCUUCUAGAGAGAGCAUCAAGUGAAGAGGAAAAGUCUAAAGUGAAGCAUUUGGCUAAGCAGCUGGAAGAGAAAGACAGAGUGCUAAAAAAACAGGAUGCUUUUUACAAAGAGCAGCUGGCUAGACUGGAAGAACGGAGUGCAGAGUUUUACAAAGUUACCACAGAACAAUACCAGAGAGCUGCUGAGGAAGUGGAAUCUAAAUUCAGACGCUACGAGACUCAUCCAGUCUGUGCUGAUCUGCAAGCUAAAAUUCUCCAAUGUUAUCGUGAGAACCCUCAGCAAACACUCAGCUGCUCUACUCUGGCCACCCAGUACCAGCACUGUGUCAAUCAUGCCAAACAGAGCGUGCUUGAAAAGGGAGGAUAAAGCUGACUUCCAAAGCAAGCAAAAGCCUAUCAACUUUAAUUCCAGCAGUGGAGCAUUUUUUCCCCUAACAAUACAAAGCCUAUUUAAAGGGCAGACCACUGAGGAGAAGAACUGGGAGAGCCGAUUCAACAGCAACAAACAUCAGAAGUCAAUCAGCAGACACUUGAAAAGCCAAGACCAAUAUCUUAUUAUAUCAGAAAUCUGACCUGUUAAAGCUCAAGGCUGAAAUAGAAUGUUUUGUGGGUGGGUCAGCAAAAGAGGGAAGUACAAGGUGAGAAGGGAGGGCAUUAUAAGAGAGAAUAGGGAAGGAAGAAAAGCCCAGUGAAUGAGAGCUGCCACUAGGGAACUAAAUUGUCUGAGCUUCAUAGAAUGCUGACUUUGCCUUUUUUCUUUUCUCCUUUGAUAUGAGAUUUUUGUUUCUAAUUUAUUAUAGUGAUCAUGUAACUAAGAAAAGGAAAAAAAUGUCUUUCUUUUGCUGGAAUAAUGUCUAUGAUUACAGGUGAAAUAUGGCCUUCUUAUCACUGUAAAAGCAACUUUUGAAAUAUAUUAUAUAUAUGCAUAAUCAUAUGCAUAUAUAUAUAUAUAUAUAUAUCCUUUACCAUGAAUACUGACAACCAUGCCUCACUCAGUAUCAAUAAUAAAUAUAUUUUAUGAACAAGA